GUUUAUCUUCCCAUACAGCGCUCAAAUAAUCACGUUUAUCCUCCAUACACACGUCAAUACUCACCACAUAUUUUUUUGGUUUGAUCCUUCAACACGUCUUCAACGAGUUUACCUUGCCCCUGCACUCAAAUGGAUGAGAAAAUUAGCGGUGAGUUUUUCAGCCUGCUGUUCAAUCUCUGUGUCAAAUCGACAUCAUCUCCGCACUCUCUCGGCGAAUCGAUCGGAAAUCGUCUUGCUGAUGAUUUUAUACUGCACACGGGGAUAAGCCGCAAGUUAAGUAUUGAUGAGCUCAUUCAUACGGUACAAAACGAUUUUUUUCCGCACUAUUUGUCGUAUUCACCUAAAAGACGGACCAAUCGGCUGUAUUUUAAAAAUUUUGAUCUACUGACACACAAUAAGAAUAGGAAGGAUGCCCUUGAUGUGUUUGCUGGCAUUUUGAAUGUUAUUGGUGCCUGUUUGUGCGAUGAUGUUCAUAUUAAAGUAGAGAGCGAUGAUGCAGAUGAUGGCAGUCUAGCGUUUUAUGACAAAAAAAAUGAAAAGGUAAAGUUCUAUGACCUUGAAAUGCCAGAUAAUGGCACAAGGACCUGAUACUUGCGAAUAAACAGCAAGGUUAUCCAUACAGAUGAUCAUGAUGAACCAAAUAGUUAAAUAAACCGGUAUUGGUGAAGCGAUA